CAUUACUACGCCAUCUUGAAUUAACCGUUGGGAUUUUAUUGGCGUGGCUUUAUUGUUAAGUUUAAAUUUGUAUUGUAUUGUUUAUUGUUUAAAAUUUACAUGAUGGACUGGUCGCUGAUCAUAUUGAUUAUAAUCAAUUGUCUAUACGUAUCUGCGCUGGACGAGGAUUGUCCCACAUUGGCUGAUGGGGAUAGUUUGUCGCAGACUCAAUUGCUUGAUCGUUUAACCCAUGGCUGCCGAUACGAUCGUUUGGAGAGACCAAUAACCUAUUCGGAGACUGGACAACGAUUGCCUGUGGACGUCUAUAUGCGUGCCUAUAUCUAUUUUAUGCAAAAUCUGGAGGCACACGAUCUGCAGUUUAAGAUUUAUGCUUUGCUCCAAAUGCGCUAUCUUGAUCCACGUCUAAAUUUUCGGAACGUUAGUCCCAAGCGAAGGCAACCAAUUUUGGGGGAACAGCAGCUAAGGGACUCUCUAUGGAUGCCACACAUAUUUCUGGCCAACGAGCGGGAUUCCAGUAUAUUGGGUCUCACGGAGAAGGACAUCCUCACAUCGAUUUCACCUGAUGGCACCGUUAUUGUCUCGAACCGCAUAAAGGCCACACUUUACUGCUGGCUUAACUUGAAGAAAUUCCCAUUCGACGAACAGCACUGUUCCACAGUUCUGGAGAGCUGGAUGUACAAUACUUCGGAAUUGGUACUCCAUUGGGAGCAGAAACGUCCGAUAACCUACGAUGGAGCCUUGCAUCUCACCGAGUUUGUAAUACAGCGUUCCUGGUCCAAUGAGACGGUGAUCAAUGCCGAUUUGAGUGACCUGCGACAUGGAGCUUUUGCUGGGAAUUACAGCUCCCUCAGCUUCACCGUUCAUCUGACUCGCGUGGUUGGAUUUUAUUUGAUGGACUACUUUUUGCCCUCUAUGCUUAUUGUGGCCAUAUCCUGGGUAUCCUUUUGGCUACAGGCAGACCAGGCACCACCACGUAUUACACUUGGGACUAGCACUCUGUUAACCUUUAUCACUUUGGCUUCGGCUCAGGGGAAAACCCUGCCAAAAGUCAGUUAUAUUAAGGUUUCGGAGGUAUGGUUCUUGGGCUGCACUAUAUUCAUUUUCGGCAGUAUGGUGGAGUUUGCCUUUGUCAAUACGAUUUGGCGUCGCAAGAAAAGUGUGCCCGUCAAAAAAUUGAAUAGUAAACAUAUCCUAAAGUCCACCCUAUCACCGAAUCUGCUGAGACGUCGAAGUCACGCCAGAUCUAGGUCGUUUUCGGGAACUGCUCUUCAAAAAUCUGCGGAUACUGGCUCCCUGGGCGGGGCUGCUUUUAAUAAUUACCUAACCGUCAAUCUGCCAAUCACUACGAUUAAGGAGGGUCAGGUUUUGGACCAGCAGAGGCCGAGAGGCAUUCAAAAGAUGGAUGUAAACUUUGUGGAGAGUGCCUUUGGUUCAAUGGGCACAGCUCAAUCUUCUGGAUGCAUCACUGCUGCAAGCAGCACUCACACUUUGACAAACAAUAAUCGAACCGAAAAUGUGGAUCACCAGGAAGAGAUUGACCUGAGUGGUUGGACAACUUUAACGCCCCAGGAAAUCGCCAUGUGGAUUGAUAGUCGGGCUAGAUUCGUUUUUCCGCUGGCCUUUCUUGUUUUUAACUUGUUCUUCUGGACGUUUGUCUACUGUAUUUAAAUUAAAUUAUAUAAAACUGUCAUUAGAAACAUAAAAUGUAUAAUUAUUGGUAAUCAAUCAAUUCAAUGUAUUUAUUGUUUAUAGAUAUGGCUGUAUUAUGGAUAAUAUAUCUAAAACAUUUUUUGUUUAUGUUUGUAAUCUUCUAAUUUUAUUCCUAAUUUUAAUAUUCUUUGAAAUGAAAGUUUAUUAGUAAUAAUGAAAAUAUUUAAUAUAAAAAUAAUGUAAACUUGUAUUUUACCAAACCUAAAUUGAAAUCGUAAAUGUUAAGUGUUUGUAUCGGUUCUUCAUGUAAAUUCAAAAAUCGCGCCAAUUAAAAUUAAAAACUACA